ACCUUUCAAUAUCCUUCGUUACUUUUAAAAUAAAUGCAAUAGUGUAUUUAUAAAUAGAGAGAAGAAAGUGGUGCAGAAAGGGAGAGAGUAGAGUGUGAGAAGUGAAGAAAAUGUGGAGACUUAAGAUGGGAAAAGGAGAAAAUGAGAGUUACUUAUUCAGUUCCAAUAACUUUGUGGGAAGACAAACAUGGGUCUUCAAGGCUAAUGAAGGCACUCAUCAAGAACAAGCUCAAAUAGAAGAAGCACGUCUUAGUUAUUACCAGAAUCGCCUCAAUGUCCCAUGCAGCAGCGACUUCCUUUGGCAAUUUCAGUUUCUAAGAGAGAAAAAGUUUAGACAAACAAUUCCCAAAGUGAGAGUGAAUGAAGGAAGAGAUGGUGAUGAGGAAAUAAGAAUAACAAAGGAAACAGCCAGCAAUGCAAUGAGGAGAGCCACGAACUUGUUUGCAGCCUUACAAAGUGACCAUGGCCAUUGGCCUGCUGAAAACUCUGGCCCCUUGUUUUAUUUCCCUCCAUUGGUAUUUGCAUUGUACAUUACAGGACAUCUUGGCAUCAUAUUCACAGAAGAGUAUCGAAAGGAAAUCCUUCGCUAUGCAUACUGUCAUCAGAACGAAGAUGGAGGAUGGGGACUAAACAUCGUGGGAGAAAGCUGCAUGCUCUGUACUGUCCUAAACUAUAUUGAACUUCGUUUAUUGGGAGAAGAAGCUGAUAAGGAAGCAUGUGAUAGAGGUAGAAAAUGGAUUCUGGAUCAUGGAGGUGCUCUUUACACUCCUUCUUGGGGAAAGAUUUGGCUAUGUAUUUUGGGGGUUUACGAGUGGGAGGGAACAAACCCUAUGCCUCCAGAAAUUUGGAUGUUUGGGAAAAUACUUCCUCUGAAUCUCGGAGGGUUCUUAUGCUACACAAGAUUGACAUUCCUUCCUAUGUCAUAUUUAUAUGCGAAGAGGUUUGCGGGACCCCUCACUCCUCUCAUUCUUCAACUGCGUCAUGAAAUCUAUAUCCAACCUUACAAUGACAUCAAAUGGAAUCCUGCUCGCAAUUUCUGUGCAAAGGAAGACAAAUGCUUUGAACGUUCGAUACUUCAGAAGGCAGUAUGGGAUGUUUUUCAAUACAUUGGAGAACCCAUUUUUAAUAGUUGGCCCUUUAACAGAUUAAGAGAUAGAUCACUCCAAAUAGUAAAAGGCUAUAUUCAUUAUGAAGACCAAAAUAGUCACUUCAUUACCAUUGGAUGUGUGGAAAAGCCAUUGUUCACACUUAUUAGUUGGAUUGAUGAUCCUAAUGGAGAAACUUACAAGAAACAUCUUGCAAGAAUUAAAGAUUACUUAUGGGUUGGUGAAGAUGGAAUGAAGAUGCAAAGUUUUGGUAGUCAAUCAUGGGAUGCUGCUUUUGCCAUGCAAGCCAUAAUUGCAACAAAUCUCCACCAUGAAUUCUCAGACACACUUAAGAAAGGGCACGACUUCAUUAAACAAUCCCAGAUUAGAGAAAACCCUGGUGGUGAUUUUCCAAGUAUGUAUCGUCAUAUGUCAAAAGGAAGUUGGACAUUCUCUGAUAGAGAUCAUGGAUGGGGAGUUUCUGAUUGUACAGCAGAAAAUUUAUUGUGUUGUUUAAAACUUUCGACGAUGCCUUCACACGUUGUAGGAGAAGCCAUGGAACCCCAAUGCUUUUUUGAAGCAGUGAAUUUCAUACUAUCCCUCCAAGUAAUUAUUGCCAAAAAUGGUGGAGUCUCAGCUUGGGAACCUUCUGGCAUUCUGCCCUCUUGGCUUGAGGAACUGAAUCCAGUGGAAUUCUUUGAAUAUACAUUAUUGGAGCGUGAAUACGUUGAAUGCACAUCAUCAGCAAUACAAGCUCUAGUUCUAUUUAAGAAGCUAUUUCCAAGUCACAGGAAGAAGGAGAUUGAGAAUUUCAUAGAAAAGGCAGAAAAUUUCAUUAAACAAUUACAGAAAGAAGAUGGAUCAUGGUAUGGAAAUUGGGGAAUAUGUCACAUUUAUGCUACUCUUUUUGCCAUUAAAGGAUUAGUAGCGACUGGAAACACUUAUGAUAAUUGCUUGGAAAUAUCAAAAGCUGUGGAGUUUCUACUUAAAAUUCAAUGUGAAGAUGGUGGAUGGGGAGAAAGCCAUAUUUCUUGUUUUAAAAGAGUACAUACUCAUCUUCCAAACAAUGCUUCCAAUCUUGUUCAAACUUCAUUUGCCUUGAUGGCUUUGAUCCAUUCUCAACAGGGAAAGAGAGACCCAACUCCUCUUCAUCGUGCUGCAAAGUUAUUGAUCAAUUCUCAAUUGGAUGAUGGUGAUUACCCUCAACAGGAAGUAGCUGGAGUGUUUAUGAACACUUGCAUGUUACACUAUUCAUUGUACAAGAAUGUAUUUCCAUUGUGGGCACUUGGCGAGUAUUGUAAUAACAUUUUGUUCCCAUAGUCUCUACUUUCAAUUACCAUGCAAAUUUAUCUAAAUUAUUAAUAGGACAUACACAUUAAUGUUUCUCCUUUUCUUCUUAGCUUCAUCUUACCAUUUUCUAUAGCAAUAUAUAUAUUUGAUUAUUUUUAAACAAAG